AACAUGCCAGACAAUGUCAAGAGCUUUUCAGUGGGAUAUAACCCCAUUAACAAAAGUGAUCAUUUCACCAGUGGUGACUUUAUUACAGGACAAGUUACAUUUGAACUGUCCAAAGACUGCAAAAUAGAUUCACUCUGCGUGAAGCUGAAGGGAAAAGCACAAGUCAAAUGGCGCAGCAGAUAUCGAAGACAAGUCCGAGCAUACUCUGACAAACACAAGUACUUCAGUAUCAAGCAAUUUAUCAUUCGGAAGGACCGAGGUAACAAUGUUGUUAGCCAGGGCAGCCAUGUCUACCCAUUCACUGUUCAUAUCCCUGUAAAGGACCUGCCGUCCUCCUUCAAGGGCUCGUAUGGAAAGAUUACGUACAGACUGGAGGCGAAUCUGAGCAGGUCGAUGAGAGUAGACACCAAAGCAAAGACGAAGUUCACUCUCCUCCACAAACAAAGCCUUAACGGUGAUCCACUGCUGAUGACUCCACAGCAAAGCACCAUUAAUAAGAAAAUGAUUCUCUGUACGUCGGGGACGGUUGGCAUGGAUGUCAAUAUUGAGCGGACAGGUUUUUACCAAGGGGAAAGCAUAAAGGUCAUGGCCUCCAUUCAGAACAGAUCAUCUCGUGAAAUCAAGCCCAAAUUCUGUUUGUAUAAGAAGUACAGUUACUUUGCAAAGGAGAAGAGGAGAGUCGAGACCAAAGACAUCCUGAAGGAGGAGGGGGAAGUCAUCCCGCCUUCUGCAGGCCAGACUGUCACCAGGAUCAUCACCAUCCCUCCCACCACGCACGCGUCCAUUUUAAACUGCAACAUCAUCAAGGCAGAGUACAGGCUCAAGGUCUAUCUGGAUGUCAAAUAUGCUCGAGACCCCGUGAUCAAGUUCCCCAUAGUCAUCCUGCCGGCUUUACAGGAGCCUGAUAAUGAGGAGCAUCCGUCUGCUUUUACAUCAUCCAUGUUUGGUUAAUUGCUGUUAUCCAGGUGGCAACAAUGAUGACGUGGUAUUAGUAUUUAGGAUGAUGAUAAGAACAGUAAGAGAGGAGAGGAGGGAGCUGAUCAGCUGC